AUGGCGGCGGCCGCGCUCAACGGCCUAGUCGCCGUGUUGGAGACCUACCGCGGCCGCGACCGGGUGGUCCGGGCUCUCUGUUAUGGCUGUCAGCUGGCGGGCGGAGCGCUGGCCGGGCCUCAGGCCUCGCCAUCCGGGCUGCCCGGGAGUCUCCUGGUCGUGUCGGCCCAGCUGAGCGCCUGCCGCACGGCCCUGCGCCUCUUCGACGAUUUCGCCAUGCUCAGCUACAGCUGUGGUUACGGGCUGGGCCCCAAGGACGAGGACGGCCUGGUGAGGGGGCUUUCGGUGCUCUGCAACUUGGCCAACCAACUCUACUACCCCUGUGAGCAUGUUGCGUGGGCGGCCGAUGCUGGCAUCAUCCGUGUCGGCUCUCAGAAGUGGUGGACUGUGAGCACAGCACUCUGGGCCUUCUCCCUGCUUCUGGGUGUCCUGCGAUCCCUGAGAAUCUUGUUCCAGUUAAGAAGAAAGCUGAGGCAGCACAAGUGCACAUCUUCGCCUCUGAGUCGAAAGGAAAUGAAAGCCCAAGUGAAGGCUGAAGUUUUGAGCAUCCUCACCGACAUGGCAGAUCUCUGCAACGCAAUCCACUGGCUGCCUCCGGGAUUUCUUUGGGCCGGACGCUUUCCUCCAUGGUUAGUAGGUCUCCUGGGGACCAUAUCUUCCCUGAUUGGUAUCUACCAAGCAUCUAGAGGAGGAAAUUCUGAAGCUGUAUAAACCAUAAUUAAGCUUCAGGAGCCCAAUUUCUACAUGGUAAAAAUGCCUUUAGUGAGGCAGGGUGUAUUUUAACUUGCUUGGGUGUUGACAACUGUAAUUUCACGCAUCCUGUAACUGGGAUUAUAGUCAAGGUGUCUAUUACAGCGAGGAUUGUUUACGGUUAACACUUUUUAUUAUUCUUCAUCAGAGAAAUCUUUCAGGCGAAUCCUCUGAAAAUCAAGAAAUCUUCUAGGACUGGUAAAAUAGAGGGGAAAAAAGUCACUUCUAUCCUUCCUUCCUCUGUCCCAAAAGAUAAAUGCAACCCUCCAGUCUUUGCUGUCACUUAAAAGAGCACAAAGUCAGCGUUAAGUGGAGAAAUGGCCACAGUUCUGUCACACAAAACUGCUAAGGGAUGGAUCCAGUGAGUUCGAGCUCUGGGCUCAGCGCUUGGUGCCUCCUCUGAACCAGGGAGGUGACCCGUAUCGUGGAAGUUUCUCCGUCAGAGAGAUGUUGGUGUUUGAGCCGAGCAGAUCCCCCAAGCGCAAACAGGAGCAAGCGGUUAUUUGGUUUGUGACGGUUGUGUUUCUUUAGAGAUGAGAGGGGAAAGAAGUAGCAGCUGUAAGCAGUGCCUUGCAAAGCUUUUUGUAGUCUGUGUUGCUCAUUUAAGGAGAAAUACUGGAAGUUGAGACUUGUGGCGUAAAGGAGAAGCAGCACUGAGCCUCCAGCUGUGCCUUUACGGAACGCCACCGGGUGGAGCUCUUCCACCAGGCUCUGGGCAGCAGCCAACGGACUUGUUUUUUUAAAAAAAAAAACCAGCACAUUUAUUAAUCACUUUUCAAAGGACCAGUCGAACCAAUGCCAAGAUGAGUUUUACAGUUAUAUUUCUAGGUGGUGCCAGUAAUAAAUGAGACGAACGCUUCAAAGGUGGCCUUGAGUGAUCAGUCCUUCUGAUAACAGGGCAAAUGUUCUUUAUCUGGUUCUAGAAAGCUCCAAACAGUGCCUGGGUGACAGAAAACGUUUGUGCUGCGUUAGCUGCAGCUCCCCAUCUGUUACCAGCCUUCCUUCUCCUGAAAUAAUUCAGAGCACCUGACUAACUGUCACAAAAAUGCAUCUUUUGAAAACAGUUCUGCUUAGUCUGCGCUGUGCCCGUGCUCCCUGUAACGCAGUACGGCGCACACCAUGUUUCCAGGAGAUUUGACCUCUUUGUUUUUUUGUUGUUAUUGUUGUUUUUGGCACGGACGCAGGAAACUAUCUCCUGCCUCUGCUCAAAGAGCAGAGCGAGGUCUUGAUAUGCUUUAUCCUUUGCCCUGUCCUUGCUGUUUUUCUGGACCUUCACCCCGUGAAGUGUCCCAGAGGACGCCUUCCCGACUCUGCUCAGAAUUUGGUGUCAGAUUUACAGGUUUUGGUACAACUCGGAGUGUGGGCAGGCAUUAUCUGGAAGAGACUCUCUUUUUUCCUCUAGUCACGCCGCAGGUCUUGUGCCCAAAGAGGCAGAACACCCGGGUCCUGCUGCUUGGGAACAGCUGUAGCUACUGCCCAGUCCUGUCACCCGCUGCGGUGGCUCCUGCUGCAAUUUAGUGGUUUUUUAGUAAGAAAUCGGAUUCCAUCUCUUUGUAUUCUUAACCCCGUGAAACCAUUCCUUCAGAACACGCUCUCCUGCUUAGCGUGGGACAAGGUGUAGCUAUAGCGAUUUAAGAAAAGCCCAAAUAAGCACACCUCCAAUGCCAAAGCUCU